GAGAGAGAGAGAGGGGCUGGGAGGGACUGUGCGAGGGUGAGGUUCACUUGGAUCCAAACCCACCUAGAGAAGCAAGACAGAAAACUCUGCGGCUGAAACUCUUGAACGCAAACUGGAGACAGCAGACUUAAAGGACCAUUGGGGAUUUCUUUCAACACGACAAAGAUUAUUUUAAACUGUGACUGAACACAAAUUGAUCUUUUUGGGGGUUUAUUUUCAGUGUGGAGGAAUGUUUCAGUGAGUUGUUCUCUGCACGAGUGCUUAAAGAAAAUACAGGAAACAGUCUCUUUGUCGUUGACAAGACUUUUCAUACGCAGAAAUAGUGGAGUUCUCACAGCAGCAGCUGCAGUUUUAGCUUGUGACUUGUCGACAGCAGUGCUCGCGAUGUCAGGCAGACUGGUUCUUGUCCUUCUCCUGUGUCUCUAUCUGACUGUUGGUUCAGUCCAGGGCCAGGGCUCGUCCCAGGAUGCCUUUAUAAUCCAGUACCUGGAGAGGAGACUGUCUCAGAUGGAGGAGCGUCUGAAUCAAUGUGAGCAAAAGACAGUGAGCGUCACCCAGAAGACCUAUGACCUCUCCUCUGAAAUCAGGGGUUAUCUGUCCACUCUCAGUGUUCUGAGAUCAGAGGUCAGGAACCAGGUGGACAGCGUGUCUGUGCGUGUCGAGCGGGUGGAGAGGGAGUUGGAAUAUCUUGAAAACAAGAUUCCACCCCAGACCGACAUCGAGAUUGAAGAGGCGCUGCUGGAGCAACAGAUACAGGCUGCUGAGCUGGACCAGCUGCAAAAGAAAGCCAAGAUCAAAGUGGAGAAUGACUGCAGAACGGCGCUGAGUCAAAUCAAGUCCCUCAAGAUUGUGAAGAAGGCAGGAGAUACCUACGGUUCCUGGUUCAAGGACCCCACCGAAGGAUCAGCUAAGGUCUACCUGCUCAGUGGAAUUCGUAACAACACUGUGCUGGAGUACGUCUCUCUGCACAGUUUCACAGACAGGACCACCACAUCACCAGUUAAGGUGGUGCAGCUGCCUUCCGACUGGCAGGGGACAGGUCAAGUGGUCUACAACGGAUUCCUCUACUACCACAAGGCAGACACUCCCAACCAGAUCCUGAAGGUAGACCUAUUGAAUGGUACCAUAGUGGACAGUACACUGCUACCAGGAGCGGGUCGUCUACCAGUCUACAGUCUGAACCCCAACACCUACCUGGACCUGGCUGUGGAUGAACUCGGCCUCUGGGUCAUCCAUGCCGACCCUGAGUAUGGAGGAAACCUGGUCAUCACCAAACUGGAUAAAGCAAGUCUGGCAGUAGAGUACACCUGGGAUACUCAGUGUAGAAGCCGUGAUGCUGAAGGAGCCUUCCUGAUAUGCGGGACCCUCUACGUGGUCUACAACACACGCUAUGGAGGUCGCUCGACCAUACAGUGUCUCUACGACAUCCAUGACACCAUCCACAGUGAGGAGAGUCCCGUGAUGUUCUUCCCGAAGCGCUACACCAGCCACAGCAGCAUCCACUACCACCCCGUAGAGAAACAGCUGUAUGCCUGGGACGACGGCUACCAGACGAUAUACAAAGUGGAGACGCGUAGAAAUGACCAAGUCACUGCAGAGUGACGAUGCUCUACAGUGUUUACCCUUUCAUAAACUUGUGCUAUCACCAGAAUAAUGCACUAACUAUCAUCAAUAAAAGCAUACUUUUGAUGAGUAUCUUGUAAUCUACUGUUGUUCAGUAUAGUGAUCAUUUGCUGGCAAUGGAUGCUAUACCUUCAUCACUAUUAGUGCUUCUAGACAUAAAGAUCAUGUCCAACCAAAGGCAUUUUAUACAUCUUGUUGGCAUUUUUUACUUUGUAUCACCGUAAUAAAGAACAUUGAAGUGU